GUUUGGGUUUUUCUGAAAGAUUGAGCCUUCAAGGAGUACCAGUUUGAUGGUCAUCGUCGUUAAUAAAUAGAUAAAUAAAUAAAUUCAGUCGUGGCUGGUACCGCUCACUGGAACCGUCCUCGUAUUGGGUACCGGUGAAUAAUAAAUCUGCCCGUUUCUGCUCGUUUGUUGUUGUUUUUAGUGAAGCAUUUAAACAUAAAGAUGCGUCCCGACCCCCUUUUCGCCCUCAUAAGCGCCGCCCUCUUGAUCUUCUCCGCGCAGGGUCAACCGGAGGCGCAGGGCUCGAAAAGUUUAACGGAACUCUUGAACGACGCCAAGGGCGGUACUACGAAAGCGACCAACAACGAUAAUAUUCUAGAACAAAACAUUCAGGACAUUUUCGGACCUAAACCGGAUACCGGAAGUGGUACUAGCACUUCCUCACCGAACAUACAGACCAACGUGGGAACCGGAAGUGGCCAGUGCGAGUGCGUCCCGUAUUACAAUUGCAUCAACGGCUCUAUUAAUACCAAUGGAGAAGGAAUCAUUGAUAUCAGGUUAAACGACGGUCCGUGCAGCAGCUACCUCGAGGUCUGUUGCGAGAAAAAGGCGACCGUCAAGGAACCGAUCACGCCCGCCCCGCCGCCGGAAAAACCGACCGGCUGCGGGUACCGUCACCCGGAGGGGGUCGGGUUCCGGAUAACCGGCGACAAGGAGCAGGAGGCGCAAUUCGGCGAGUUUCCCUGGAUGGUGGCCGUCCUGCGGGAGGAAACCGUCGAGGGAAACUCGAACGCGUUGAACGUGUACCAGUGCGGGGGCGCGAUCGUCCACCCCCGCGUGGUGGUGACCGCCGCCCACUGCGUCGCCGGCAAAAAGAAAACGUUCAAGGUGCGGGCGGGCGAGUGGGACACCCAACACACCCAGGAGAUCUUCCCGCACCAGGAUCGGAUGGUGCAGAGGGUGGUGGUGCACCCGCAGUACUACGCGGGCGCUUUAUAUAACGAUAUCGCGUUGUUGUUGUUGGAAUCGCCGCUCGCGAUCGCGGAUAACGUCGAACCGAUUUGUUUACCGCCGCAGGGGGUCGUACCGGACUCGGCCACGUGUUACGCCACCGGUUGGGGCAAAGACGUGUUCGGUCAACGGGGGAAGUAUCAAGUGAUCUUGAAGAAAAUCGAUCUGCCAUUGGUCCCCAACGACAAAUGCCAGGAACUGCUCCGUACCACCCGAUUGGGGAAGUUUUUCGAGUUGCACAAUUCGUUCGUGUGCGCGGGGGGGCAACCGGGGAAGGACACGUGCAAAGGGGACGGGGGGAGCCCUUUGGUGUGUCCUAUAGCGGGACAACGCGGUGACCGGUACUACCAAGUCGGAAUUGUCGCCUGGGGGAUCGGGUGCGGCGAGAACCAGACCCCCGGCGUUUACGUCAACGUCGCCCUGUUCAGGGACUGGAUCGACCAACAGAUGCAGAGUUUUAACUUGGACACUUCUUCUUAUAAGUACUAAUUAAUUAAUUAAGAUUUAUAUACUCGCCGCACGCUAGCACACGAGCCAAGACGUCAGCUGUCAUUGGUCGACUCCAUAUUGUACCGUUGCUAUGCCAAUAAAGAAUUUAUUUAUAUGUAAA